AUGACGAUCAACGCGGUGCUCGAGGCGGACCUGCGCUCCAUUUCCGCUGAGGCUCGCCGGCGAUUCCCCGCCGUGAAGGACGCCGCGGAACGUGGAAUCCUCAAGCACGCGGACGGGUCAGAGGAGGCGGUGCAGCUGAAGGUGCUGCAGACAGUGCUGACAGUGCUGCAGUCGCAGCUGCACCCCAAAGAUGAGGAGAGCAUGGCCAUCAUCCUUGGCAUCUGCCUUCGCCUGGCAGGCAGCACUCGGCAGCUGGACUGUGUCCACAGCACGGCCACAGCAACGCUGCGGCAAGCCAUAGCGCUCAUCUUCGACAGAGCUGCCAGCAGCGAGGGCCUGCCGGUGCAAUGUGCCCCGCGCCAGGCCAACCGUGUGUGGAACACCUCCGAGCCGGGUGACAUCAGCCGCAUCGUCAUGGCCUCCAGGGCGACGGAGGGCGAGGGGGCGGGGCGGGGGGGGGGAGAGGAGCUGGAGACGGUGGUGCUCAAGGAGCGCGUGGACGACCUCUCACCCGCAGCCCGCAUGGGCCUCCGCCUGCUCGAGGACCUCGCCGCUCUCGCUGCGGGCCAACAGGCGCAGUGGCUGCACGUGCCAUCACUGCAGCGCACGUUCGCCCUGGAGAUGCUGGAGUACGUCGUGUCGCACUAUGCCACGCUCUUCCGCCGCCUCACUCCCUACCAGCAGGUGCUGCAGCACAAGCUCUGUGCACUCGUGAUGACGUCACUGCGCUCCACAGGCUCUGAGGAGGGGGAUGUGGGCGAGCCAGGGUACCGGCGGUUGGUGCUGCGCUGUGUGGCCACUCUCGUGCGGCAGCACCACGCUCAGCUCACCACUGAGUGCGAGGUGUUUCUGCUGAUGCUGGUGAAGAGCGUGGACCAGGACCUGCCUCUCUGGCACCGCAUCCUCGUGCUUGAAGUGCUCCGGGGCUUCUGCGUGGAGCCAGGGACCCUUCAACUCAUAUUCAACCUGUUUGACAUGCAGCCGGGCAACAGCAGCAUAGUGGAGGAGAUGGCAGUGGCGCUGGCCCACGUGGUGCAGAGCGUGCAGGUGCCAGAAUCCAGUGAGGAGAGUCUAGCUGCAGUUGCCGGCAUGUUCAGCAGCAAGGCCAGAGCAGGGGUGGAGUGGUCAAUGGACUUUGACUGGGCGGGCAACGCAGUGGUGGCGGCGAGUGAGGCGCACGCCAUAACGCUGGCGGUGGAGGGGCUGCUGGGCAUCGUCUUCACCAUCGCUCUGCUCACCGACGAGGCCAUGGAUGACUCACACCCGUAUUCCGCCUCACCUCCCAAGUCCCCUCUCGCACCGCGCAAGCAACCUGAUGCUCAGGCCGUUGCCCAGGGCGGUGGGGCUGCUGCAACAGACGGUGCUUCAGGGGUUGGUGGGCGCCAGGGCGAGGAGGGGGCAUCACCUGUAAGCCCUCCCUCCCCACGGGUGCCAGGCAAGCACGCUGCCUUGCUGGCUGAGUCCGACUCCCAUGCGCCCUCCCCAGGGCUCACUCGCGGCCUGCUGGCCCUGCUGGGCGGCAUGCAGGAGGAGGGCGAUGGGAGCGAGUGGGUGAAGAAAGGAGCUCAGGAUGAUGAGGAUGCGGAGAGCAGGGGCGGCAGUGCAGAGGGGCGGGUGCGCGGAGCACUGGAGGAGCUGUGUGUGCGCAUGGUGGAUGCCGUGUGGAAGACCGUCCUCGAUGCUCUCUCCAUCAUUCUUGCCCGGUCACAGGGUGAGGCUGUCAUUCUGGAGAUUCUUAGGGCAUACCAGGCGUUCACCCAGGCAUGUGGCGCGCUGGACCUGGUGGACCCGCGGGACGAGUUCCUGGCAUCGCUGUGUCGCUUCACCCUCGUGGCCUCGCCAUCCAUGAGCACCAUGGCGCCACCCGGCCAGCCCUUUGACUCCGACCGCUUCCAAAUGCCCUCCUCCCCGUCAAGUGCGUACUUGUCGCCCAUGAGGUCGCUGGAUGCACUGCUGGGCACGGAGUCACGGGGGGACCUGCUCGCCUCCACCAUGGGCUCCGCUGCUGCCGCCUCUGCUGCCGCCCUGGGGCAGGGCGUGCCCGUGCUCACACCCAAGAACAUGCACGCCCUGCGCACGCUCUUCAAUGUCUCCCACCGCCUCUGCGCCGUGCUUGGACCGUCCUGGGAACUGGUGAUGGAGACUCUGGCUGCCCUCGACCGCACCAUCCAUUCGCCAUAUGCCACCAGCCAGGACGUAUCAGCAUCAGCAUCAACGCCAUCAGCAGGGUCGCGCGGGUCCAAGGAGCUCACAGGCGCGCCCUCCUCACUGCAGUCCGACUUCUCCGUGCUCGCCACCCUCGAUGCACAGCUGUUCCAGAGCACGGCCCACAUGGACACAGCGGCCGUGCUGGCCCUGCUGGCGGCCCUGCGGGUGGUGUCCAACCGCGCGCUGCACUCCGUCACCACCGGCCUCGGCAUCGCUGCCUCGGGGUCCUCCGCUGCUGCUGCCGCCGCUGGCACGUCUGCUGCUGCUGCGGCGGUGGCGUCGCCUCUGAGCACGGGUGCGCUGCCGUCGACGCUCAAGAUGUUUGCGGUGGAGCGCAUGCUGUCCGUGCUCUCCCACAACAUGCACCGAAUGGACCUUAUAUGGGAUGCCAUCCUGCUGCACCUGCUGGAGCUGGCGGUGCACGAGAGCGCUGGCGUGCGGGCGGUGGCGGUGGACGCCAUCGACCGCGCCGUCAUGGCCGCCCUCGCCUCGCCCCCCCUGCACCGCCGCUCGUCCACCUCCUCCUCCUCCGCCCUCACCUCUGCCACACCGACCGAGGAGCAGAAGGGAGAAGGGGCUUGUCGGACAGAGGGAGGGGAGGGAGGAGAGGAGAGGGAGGGGCAGAAGGGGGAGGGCGAGGGGGAGGGGCGGGGAGAGGUGGCGCUGGAGGAGAUGGUGGUGGGCGCUGUGAGCUCCCUGUGGCGCGAUGGGCGUGAUGCAGAGGUGAAGGCAGGCGCACUGCGCAUCCUGCUGCACAUGCUGGAGGUGAGUCCAGGGCAUACCUGUAACCGAUUUCACAGAGCACAUUUCGCAGCUGUGCUCUUCCUCUCUCAUUCCAACCCUACUGCUGUGAUGGGCAGAGAUGGCCUGGAACAGCACGUCGCCCAGGGGGAUGAGGCACGGGCCUGUGCUGGCUCAGGGGUGGAUCGCUCCUCCACUUGCCUGGCUGUGCUGGAGCAAAAGCGUGCAGCUGCGGUGGGCUCUUGUUCUCUUUCUCCCGACUCUCUGUGUCUAUCACUGAUGCCUUGUGUGUCAUCCCUCUCAUGUGAUCAUUUCCGUUUUCUUCCUGCCUGCCUGUCUGCAGCGCCAUGGCGAGAAGCUGCACUCCACCUGGCCCACUCUUCUCAACCUCCUAAGGUGGACAUUCCUGCUGGGGCCACGCAGUGUUGCUGCUGGGGUCACACAGUGCUGUUGCUGCUGGGGACAACUGAUGAGCUGACAGUGAUGGUAGCAGCAACGAAUGACAAGGACCUCGUGGGCCUGGCCUUCCAGAGUGAGCUGGUGGUGGUCAACGACUGCCUCUCCUCCAUUCCGCCACACACCCUUCAAUUGUGUGUGGAGGUGGUGGGGGCGUUUGCGGGGCAAGUGGCGGAUGUGAACAUAUCUCUCACGUCCGUGGGGCUGCUCUGGACCAUGGCUGACUUCUUUGCUCGCGGCCUCGACCAUGCCACCACCACACACCGCACUGCCACCUUUUCCACGCUACUCAACCAGUGCGAUCUCCCCGCCUCCUCCUCGACAUCCUCUGCAGCGCCCCCUCUCUCCUCCGCCUCCGCUGCCACAUCGCUUCCAUCGACGGCACCAGCAGCGGCAGCAUCGGCACUGAAGCUGCCAGCGUCAGCCACGCCCUCCACCUUCACUAGGAUCCACAGAAAACCAGCUCACACAGAUGCAGGGGGGGCCAAACGGGGAGAGGGGGCUGAAGGAACGGAUGUGGGGGGAGCGCAGGGGAGGGGAUCCGGCAGCGGGAGGAUGCUGGACGAGCGGAGCAGCGCACUGCUGCUGGCGGUGCUGUGUGUGAUGGAGACGCGCGCCAAGGACGGGCGGCCGGAGGUGCGCAACGCGGCCAUGCGCACGCUGUUCCAGACGGUGGUCAGCCACGGCGCCAAGCUGCCGCCCGCCUCGUGGCGCCACUGCCUCUGGGACCUCAUCUUCCCCCUCAUCGACUCCGUGCGCUCCCUUGCAGCCACGGCAUCGAGAGACGAGGCGCCGGGGAUGGAGAUAGGGCGGCAGGGGGGGAGGAGUGUGAUGAUGCUGGUGCACCACAGCCGCAACACGGCGCAGAAGCAGUGGGACGAGACGCUCGUCAUGGCUCUCAAUGGACUCGCCCGCCUCAUCCGCGCCUUCUUCUCACUGCUGCAUACCAUGGACAAUUUCCGGGAAGUGUGGGGUGCACUGCUGCAGUUCGUGGAGGAGGGCGUGCUUACCGGCAGUAGAGAAGUCAGUUCUGCUGCUGCCAGCACUCUGCAGACCAUCAUGCUCACACAUGCCACCAAGGGCAGCAUCCCGCGGCACUACUGGGACAGCAGCAUGGAUGCGUAUGAGCUGCUGCUGCGUGACAGCACCGCUCCCGCGUCCGCAGUGGCGGUGCGCACGCGGCAGAAGCUGGUGGAGGACCUGGGCGAGGUGUACAGCACGGCGGGCCUCGCCUUUGAGGACAGCGACUACCUGCGCCUGCUCGCCUGCGUUGACGUCAUGGCGCGCUGCCCCGUGCUGCCCUCUGAACCCCCUCCCCUCGCCGGCACGCUGCCCCAGGUGCAGCGCACGGUGCUGGAGGUGCUGCCGCGCCUGCAGCCCUCGGCACACGCACAUCUGUGGCCCGCGCUGCUGCAGCAGCUGCUGGCGUACCUACCUGGUGGGGACCGCCUGCUCUGUCCGCACUGCCGCGUGCCGCCGCGCUUCCUGUCCGAGGCCACGCAACGCCACGCCCCCAAGGUUGCCCUUGCUGGCGCUGCAGGGGGUAUUGACGGCACGAAAGGGGGCAGCGGUGCUGAUGAAGGGAGAGGAAGGGGAGGAGGAGACGAUGGUGGGGAUGAGAGCGGAGCAGGCAGCGAGGAAAUCGGUAGUCAAGGAGGAGGCGUGGAAGGUGCCACACAAACUGCCAACAAUGGCAGUAGCAGCCGGACGACAUCAUUCGGCCUUUCGCUGGGCGGCAAAGUUCAACUGUUUGCGCCGGCAGCGGUGUACGUGCCGACAUCAGGCAACCCCACGGGGUCGUUCAUGCUCAGCUACCCCGUCACGGCGUCCGGCGCCCUCUCACCCGCACUGCAGGACCGUGUGGUGGCGCUGCUGCUCGAGCUCUUCCUCAACGCGCCCCCAGAGGCCCAAGACACCGUCCUGCCCGACCUCGUUGCUGCUCUCGGCAGGUGUAUGCUCAUCCGCCGCACCUCGCCUGACCUUCAGCUGUGGCGCACGGCCGUGGCCACGCUCUCAGACAUCCUCAAACACGCCCUCCCGCCUGACCCCCCUCUCACAGCACACGCCAAUCAUAUCUCCCCUUCAGACCCUCAGUCUCCUGCACACCCAUCCUCGCCCAAGCAUGCCUCUUCCACACACCACCACACCAAGCACCAGCAUGAGGCACGUAAGGAAGUUGCCAAGGAGGGCAACGGUGCAGUGGGCGGCAGCAGUGAGGGGGGGAGGGCACGGCAACGCAUGUGGCAGGAGCUGGCGGCGGUGGUGGAGCAGUUCGUGCUGGGCACAUGCGGCACCGCCCUGCUGCCAGACCUUCCCUCCCCGGCGCCCCAGCCCUCGCCAGCACCACCCCCAGGCCAUUCCCCCCGACGCUCCCCCAGAGUGGGGCGAGGGGAGGGCGCAGGGGGCAGUCCAAGGAGAAGAGCCGCUCCUGGCAGCGGCGGUGGCAGCGGGGCAGGGCGGGCACCAGAGGCCGGGGGAGCAUCCGUGCCUGCUGGGAGGGGGGUGGGGGAGGCAGAGAGCAGUGACUGGGGCACAGGCAGCGAGGGGAGGGGCGGAGGAGGCGCGGGCAGCAGUGGGUGGGCGGGGGAGGCGGGGUCGACACGGGGAGUGUCGGAGCUGCUUACUCGCGAGGUGGUGGAGGCUGAUGAGAUGCUGGAGGCGCUCUUCCUUGACACCCUCUGCACCCGCGUGCUCACCCACUGCCAUGACGCCCCCCACAAGGAGAGGGAGCGGCUGGUGGCAGUGCUGGAUGCGUGUGCUGCACGCACCAGUGCAUUGCCCCUGGCUGCUGCGGCAGCGCUGCCAACCCACUGCGCGCGCUUCUCCCUCGCCUGCCUCUCCCGCCUCUUCAUGCUCGCCGGGCAAGGCCGCCCAGAGGACACGGUGGCAUCGUCGUCGGUGGCGGUGGGGCGGCUGGUGCUGCCUCGCCUCGUGGCGCGCUGCCAUGCCAUUCUGCACCGCUUUACCGCCGACUCCUUGCAAGCAGGGUCAGCAGCCAUGCCGGCAGUGCGGCUGGCGGAGAUGCUGCUGCUGCUGCAGGAGUUGGUGCGCCUCGUGCUGCACCCCCUCGUCGCUGCUGCAGUGGACGUGCCCAUCGCGCCCAAAGCCAGUGCGGAGGCGCACACCACGGCGCAGGCAGCAGCAGCCGGGGACACGCUCACCAGGGGUGAGCUGGAGCGGCCAUGGGAGCGGGAAAGCGCAGCGCGGAGGUUUGUGGACAGCGAGGGGCGGCAGCUGGGGUGGCAGCGAGCGCACCUGCUGCUGCUCUACUCGCCCCUCUGCGACCUCGUCUUCCUCCGAGAUGCGGAUCUGUCCAACCUGUGUGCCAUCAUAUUCCGACUCAUAGGCAAUGAACUGGGGCUGCUCAGACAGCCAACCCCACACCACUACCGGUAG